CUCUUCGCUCCUGGCGGCCGUGCCGGCUGUGCGAGGGGCGGGCAGGCGCGGCCAUGGGCUCCGCGGCGCUGCUGGUGCUGGCGGUGCUGGCGGUGCCGCGGGCGGCGGCCGCGGGGGGCCCGGAGGGGCGCAGCCUGCGGGGGAGCUGGCGGCUGCGCAGCGGGAACGGCUCGGUGUCGCUCCGAGCGGAGGUGCCGGGCUGCGUCCACACUGCGCUGCUCCGCCGCGGCCUCAUCCAGGAUCCGUACUAUAGAUUUAAUGACGUGAUGUACAGAUGGAUCUCACUAGAUAACUGGACUUACAGCAGGACAUUUAAAACUCCUUUUGACAUCAGAAAGUGGCAGAAAGUGAAUUUGGUUUUCGAGGGAGUAGAUACAGUAGCACAGAUCCUGCUCAACAAUGUCGCUGUGGGGAGAACAGACAACAUGUUUAACAGAUAUAGCUUUGAUAUCACCAGCGUGAUCAAGGAGGUCAAUUUUGUUGAAGUCCGUUUCUUGUCGGCCGUUUCCCAUGCAGCAGAACAGAGCAGGUGUCACAAAGCUUACAGCAUCCCCCCAGCUUGCCCUCCACCUGAGCAGAAAGGAGAGUGCCAUGUGAAUUUUAUCAGAAAGGAGCAGUGUUCAUUUAGUUGGGACUGGGGCCCUUCUUUUCCCACUCAAGGAAUCUGGAAAGAUGUUAGGAUUGAGGCCUAUAACCAUUACCACCUGAUUUACUUUUCUUUAACUCCUUUCUUUGUAAAGAGUACGCAGCAGUGGUGUCUUGAAAUUGAGUCUGUUUUUGAGGUAGUCAGUUCCAAGCCAAUUGCAGGUCGUGUGGUGGUGAACAUUCCCGAAUUGCAAACACAGCAAACAUUCAGUGUGAAGCUUCAACCUGGAGAAGGCAGCAUUGUGCUGCUUGUAAACAUCAACAAGACUUCUGCAGUAGAGGCUUGGUGGCCAAAUGGACAUGGAAAGCAAACUGGAUACAACAUGAAAACAACUUUUAUCAUGGAGGCAGGAUACCAGAUUGAGAAAUUUUCAAAGGCUUAUUUUCGGACAGUAGAACUUGUUCAGGAGCCUAUUCCUGGCUCACCAGGUCUGAGUUUCUACUUCAGAAUCAAUGGCCGACCCAUUUUUCUGAAAGGCUCAAACUGGAUUCCUGCAGAUUCUUUCCAGGACAGGGUGACCUAUGACACAUUAAGGCUACUCUUGAAGUCUGCAGCAGAUGCUAACAUGAAUGCACUUCGGGUUUGGGGAGGAGGAGUAUAUGAACAAGAUGAAUUUUACGAUAUUUGUGAUGAAAUAGGAAUAAUGAUUUGGCAGGAUUUUAUGUUUGCCUGUGCGCUUUAUCCAACUGACCAGAAUUAUUUAGCAUCUGUAAGAGCAGAAGUUCUUCAUCAGGUGCGGCGUUUAAAAUCUCAUCCAUCAAUUAUUCUGUGGAGUGGUAACAAUGAAAAUGAAGCAGCAAUUUCAAACAACUGGUUCUCCAUACCUCGUGCCAAAAGAGAGAUGUAUAUCAGAGACUACCUGAUGCUUUAUGUGAAGAACAUACGAGAGAUAGUUCUUAGUGAAGAUAGGAGUCGUCCUUUUAUUGCAUCUAGUCCCACCAACGGCUUGGAGUCAGUUAAAGAAGGUUGGAUCUCCCAGAAUCCUUAUGAUACCCAUUAUGGUGAUACUCACUUUUAUGACUACAACCAUGACUGCUGGAACUGGACAAUGUAUCCUAAAACUCGCUUUGCUUCAGAAUAUGGAUUUCAAUCCUGGCCUUCCUUCAGUACAAUCGAAAAAGUUUCUUCUGCUGAAGACUGGUCCUACGUAAGCAAUUUUUCUCUCCAUCGGCAGCAUCAUGACAGUGGCAAUGUUCAGAUGCUUCAAGAAGUUGGGUAUCAUUUCAAGCUUCCGCAGGGCACAGAUCCUGUAAAGAGGUUCAAAGAUACAAUUUACCUCACUCAGGUGAUGCAGGCUCAGUGCACAAAAACAGAAACUGAAUUCUAUCGUGCUAGUCAAAGUGAAAUAAUCAAGGGAGAAGGACACACAAUGGGAGCUCUGUACUGGCAACUCAAUGACAUUUGGCAGGCACCUUCAUGGGCUUCUUUGGAGUAUGGUGGUAAGUGGAAACUACUCCAUUAUUUUGCCCAGAACUUCUUUGCACCACUGCUGCCUGUGGCGUAUGAAGAUCAAGGUGUGUUGUACGUUUACGGUGUCUCAGAUCUUCAUGGGGACCAGAAGCUGACUUUGAGGGUCGUUGCGCACACCUGGAGUUCUUUGGAGCCAGUAUGUACCCUUGCCAAAGAAGGUGUGAUUGUUAAAGCACAAAGUGCCGUGCCCAUCUACAAGGAGUCCAUAAGUGAUGUUCUGGAAAGAUGCAGAAAUUGUACCAGGAAAAGCUGUGUUAUUACUUUCUGUCUUGUGGGAGAAGAUGGCCUCCAGAGUCCUACGAACCAUUUCUUCCUUUCUUCACUAAAGGAUGCUGUAGGAUUAGAAAAGACCCAGCUUAGUGCUUCUGUAUCCAAACAAGAUGAUACUUAUAUAUUUGUUCUUCAGACCACUGCAAUUGCUCCUUUUGUUUCUCUGGAUGUAGGGAGUAUAAAAGGCAGAUUUAGUGAUAAUGGUUUCCUCAUGACUGAAAAGAAGAAAGUGGUUGUGUUUUAUCCUUGGGAACCUACCAGUGUUGAAGAACUACAAAAUUCACUAACCUUGACCUCUCUGUUGGAUGUUGUCUGAAAAUACUUCGUUUCCUUCUGCUUGUAUAAACAGUGAAACAGGAGGAGAAGAAAAAUUAAACCAAUUUUACUGAAGUUGAAGUGACAUACAAUUUGAGCCAACUGGAGAACAUACUGUCUGUUCCUGUCAUGUGUGAAUUUUAACUGCUGGUUCAAUGUAAAGAUAUCAACAGCAAAGCUUACAUAUAAUAUAUGUGGUGUCUUGAAAGUA